UCGGGCGGCGGAUGGCGGCGGCGCGGCCGCCGGGGAGGCUGAGCCGGCGGAGGCCGCCCCGGGACGGGUUCCCCCCGCGGUCCGCCUCCGGGGCCGCCGCGAGCGAGCCGUGGGCCGCCCUGCUGCGCGCGGCCGGCGUGGGUCGGAGCCCGGACCUGGAGCCGCUGCCCGCGCUGCCGGGCCAGGACCCCGAGCCCGGCCCCGACGGCCCUGCGCCCCCCGAGGUUUUCACGGUUGGAUCCCAGGUCUUCUCCUGGACGCCCUUGCCGCCCCCUCCGGCCCCGGCCCCCGCCCCGGCCCCCACCUCGCCCACCGGGCCCAGGAAAGGACGCCCGGCGCCUGCUCCCCGCGGAGCCCCAGGGGCCCCACCGAGCUGCCCUGCCUGCAGGACGGCCUUCGCCCCCCAGCUGGACCAGCUGGACGUGGACAGCCACCUAGCGCAGUGCUUGGCUGAGGGCAUGGAGGACGUGGCGUGGUGAGCUGCUGCCUCGGGGGCCCUGGGAGGCCCGUGCUGGGUGCUGCCGUCCACUCACAGCACCUUUGCUCCAGGAUGUGAGCUGCUCCCGGAAGGCCCACCUUGUUGCUGACCCAAAUACACAUGCGUCUGACUUAA